UCAGGGCCUCUGGUUAUCCUCCCUCAGGUUCAUCUUCUCUCGGACUCUCUCCUCCCUUGCUCUUCCUUCCCCGGCGGCGACGACUUGGCGAGCGGCGGCGCCAUUUGUCCUAUCUUCGCCCAGCCCUUUGCCGGCGAUGAGCGCAUCCUCCAGAAUUAUCGGGUGUCCAUGUUCUAUGCUGGGUCCGCCCCUGCCUGUGUGCAGGAGUCAAAUACAUUACAAGACAAACAUUUUGGGGAAGAACAUGGCUAAGCCUACAUUCCGGUUGCUUAACCGAACUGUGAAUGCUGCGUCAAGGACUUCUCAAAAUCCUGUGGAAGGUUCAAGCGAUGAAGAUAGUGACAGUGAAACUUCAACUAAAAAGAAAAGAGCUCCAAGACGCGGGAGAAAGAAAGCCACCACAGAAACAUUGGAAGGUGAAAGAAAAGAAAGCCAAAUAAGCUCUGGACAAGAAUCCCCUGAAGAGACUAAGAAAGUUAAGAGGCGAGGCCGUAAGAAAGCUGCUACUACUGCAAGCUCAGAGGAGGGGAUGGACAAGGCAAAGGAGCCAAAGAAGAGGGGAAGAAGAAAAGAUAAGACUACAGUGGAAUCUAGUGACAAUGAAGGAGAUGACCAGGGCAAAGAUCUGAUGCCCUCUAAUGAAAGAGAAUAUCAGACUGUGAUAAAGAAUUUGGCCGAUGACCUGGAAACUAAAAUAGAGUUAACAUUGCAGGAAGAUAUUGGAACGGUUGAUAGUUUAAUGCCACUAGUGUGCUGCUUUGGACCUGCUAAGUACUCAUUUAUUCCUUCUGGAAGACCUGCUAAUAGGCUGAUAGAUCAUGAGAUUCAUGAUAGAAUGAAGGACAUGUUUUGGUCUACAGAUAAAUUUAUGAGGGCACCAGGAGGGCCUUCAUCCAAUGUUGCUCUAGCUUUAGCAGCGAUUGGUGGCAGGGUUGCAUUCAUGGGAAAAUUAGGUGAUGACGAGUAUGGUCAAAGUUUGCUGUACUACUUAAACAUCAAUGGAGUUCAAACACGAGCAGUCUGUAUGGACCCUUCAGCGCCAACUGCCGUGUCCUUGAUGAAGGUCACAAGCAAAGGCAGUCUGAAGACAAACUGUGUUAAACCUUGCGCUGAAGAUUGUUUUCUGCAGUCUGAUAUCAACCCAGCGGUUCUAAAGGAGGCUAAGAUGUUUUAUUAUAACUCGACAGCUUUGCUUGAGCCCACUACACAGUCAUCAUUGUUAAAAGCCAUUGAUGUUUCAAAGAAAUUUGGUGGUAUAAUAUUCUUUGAUCUUAAUCUUCCACUUCCACUAUGGUCAUCCAGUAAAGAAACCAUGUCACUCAUCAAGGAGGCAUGGGAAGCUGCCGAUAUCAUUGAAGUCACGAAACAAGAACUCGAGUUUCUCUGCGAUAUUAAGCCAUCUGAGAAAUUUGACACAAAUGAUAAUGAUAAGUCCAAAUUUACGCACUACAGUCCAGAAGUUAUUAUGAAAUUGUGGCAUGAUAAUCUCAAGGUCCUCUUUGUGACAAACGGUACCUCCAAGAUUCACUAUUACACAGAAAAGCACAAUGGCUGGGUUUGUGGGACAGAAGAUGCACCGAUCACUCCUUUCACCAGUGAAAUGUCUCAAUCGGGUGAUGCCAUUGUUGCAGCCCUCAUGAGGAUGCUCGCAAUUAACCCUCACCUGAUGACAGACAAGGUUUACUUGCACAAGGCAGUGAAACAUGCUAUUAAAUGUGGUGUCAUCGAUCAGUGGGUGCUUGCACGAGAGCGGGGCUUCCUCCCCAAAGAGAGAGCAGACGACCCAACCAGUGAGCAAUAUGAAGUGAGGUCCAUCACAGAGAGGGAAUAUCGCACACUUCCUGAUGCCUUGCAAUCAGAACACUCGUCAACCAGUGAACUUGCAUAUGUGGAGUAAAAGGAGAGGCCAUCAGGGUCUAUAUACUGGAUUCCUAUAUUUUUUACGGGAAUUGGCCUGGCUGUGGUUAGCUAAAGUUGGGAUUCAGAAGUAUUAGCAUAUAUAAACCGCAUUGAAUGUUCAUGGACAGACGUAUAAGUUCCUUUCUGAUUCAGUUUAGACAUUUCAACUGCCAAUGAGUGCCUUCUUAACAUAUUUUGCCAUCUUCUAA